AACUAAUAGUAACUCGCUUUCAACAUAAUUUGGAAUUACCAAACAUCAUUGAAUUUCAUCUUAGAAAAACCAUCAGAAUUUUGAGGAAUAUGGAUUCAUCGGCGGCAACCACCGGCGGUGGCGGAAACAGCAUGAUGAUCUCGCAAUCAACCGCUGCGUCGCCUGUGGAUUCUUCUGCCACCACCGCCGCAACCUCAAUUGACGAUCCUAAGCAGAAUUUGGGUCAAGUUAUAAAUUCAAUUCAGAAAACCCUCGGCGUCCUCCACCAGCUCUACCUCACCGUCUCCUCCUACAAUGUUGCUUCCCAACUCCCUCUCCUCCAGCGCAUGAAUAACCUAGUGUUGGAAUUGGACAAUAUGACAAGAUUAGCAGAGAAGUGCAACAUUCAGGUGCCCAUGGAGGUUCUUAAUUUGAUUGAUGAUGGGAAGAAUCCUGAUGAAUUCACACGGGAUAUGUUGAACGGAUGCAUUGCCAAGAAUCAGAUUACUAAAGGGAAAACAGAUGCCUUCAAGGGCCUGCGAAAACAUCUACUUGAAGAACUCGAGCAGGCAUUUCCUGGCGAAGUUGAAACUUAUAGGGAGAUACGAGCAGCAUCUGCAGCCGAGGCUAAACGAUUGGCUCAGUCCCAAAAUAUGCUUCCAAAUGGAGAUGCGAAAAAUUAAGAGAAAUUUUAUAUAUGUUGGCUCUUGGGGUUGUGUUUAUUUGCAUCCAGCUUGAUGAUUAUGUUUGGGCAUAGUAUAAUAUUUAUCCUAUUGUAUCACUUAAACUAGUAGUAAAUGUAAUGCAAUAUCUAUAUUUCAGUUGAUAAACUUGUUUGAAAGUUUAAUGUUAAA